GAUUCGUUAAACACCGCCAACUGCACUCCGCAGCCAGACAGCUGAAGAUGCCGGACACGCAGCCACAAGAGACGGAGAAGCGCUACAAUCCGAAGGACACGUUCCUGAAAUUCGUCAGGAAACGCGACGAUAUCACCCUUGAUGAUGAUCCAAACACCCUCAGGGCUGAGAUGUCCUGUGGACAUGCAGUUGAUCCAAACUCACUGACGGCAUGGUGCAGAAGUCUUUUAGAUCAGGGUCAGUAUGUUUUCAAGUGCCCCGCAUUAAAGAAUGGAACAACGCGAAAAUGUGACGCAGUCUGGUCUUACGAUGAAGUCCGAAGGCUGGCAUUGCUGACUGAUGAGGAGCAGGCCCACUUUGAGGAAACCCUUGCAGUUCUGGCUGCUGCUGAAUACUGUGAAUUUAAACAGUGUCCAGGGUGCAAGACUUGUGUGGAGCGAGAAGAUCUGACCAACCUAUGUGUUCUCUGCACCAUCUGCACAGCUAUGAAGGGAAAUCUGUACCAGUUCUGUUGGCAGUGCCUGAAGGAGUGGAGGGGAGCGGCGCCACGAUCCGACCGCUGUGACAACGAAGGAUGCACCAACCAGCAACUUGACACCCUGCGGUCCUGUAGACUCAUCAGUUUGCCUGAAACUAUGAUAAAUGAGUGCCCUCAAAUUCGCGCUUGUCCGACUUGUGGAAAUCUUGUCGAACACAAUCGGACAGGGUGCAAGAACAUCCGCUGUAACAGGUGCCAGGUCGAGUUUUGCUUUGCCUGUUUGGAGACGACAAUUGUGUGUCAGAACACGCGCCGUGAUUAUUAUGGUCUCUGUGCCAAGCCAGUGGCUCCAAGGCAAACAAGCAUUCCUGUUUGGAGGAAAAAUUAAGAAAGAGAUGCAUUCAGAGUUAAUAAAGACCACAUGCAUUUUUGGAAGGUAUUGUCAAAAAGUUAAUAAAUGACUGUUAUCGCUUGCAUUCACUUUAAGCUUUAGACUUUAGUGAUUCUAUCAAAGAGGCUAAUGCACCUUAGCAAGCAGAUUUUAAAGUUUUACUUCUAUAUGCCUCUGUUGCUGUUAGGAUUAUGGCAGUAUCUUCCCCUAUUUACAGUUUUUGUCUUUUUUUUUCAUUUUCUCUUGCUAUCUGAUUUUUUACCUUGUUUUCGUUUUAUGUUAUGCUGUUCAUUUUCCCUGGUCUCUUACUCUCUCUCCUGUCCUGUGUUUGCAGGUUUGGGGCUUCAAUCUGCAUUAAGGUUCUCAGGUGCUGCUGUCAUUUGGACAGCAGUUACCUGAGGGGUCUGUUUAAGUCUCCUGCCUCCCACAAAAUGCUACUGGGACAUUAGAUACUUUAUUUGUACUUAAAGAACCUUCCAAACUAGGCUCAAUGUUAUUCUGGAGAAGUUAGGUGAAUAGGAUUGUUAGGUUAAAUGGCCUGUUCUUGUUAAAAUGCUUAUAGUGCUUACAGGUCCGUGCACAGAGUAACUCCAAUAAAAUACCUUUACAGAUUAA